AUGGGCAGUUCGCCAGUGCGAGCACUUUUCGGAGGGGAGCGGAUAUUGCCAUGUGGACCCGCUACAGCCGCGAGGCUUCGGGUUCUUGGUGGAGCCCUGUGGAUUUCCCAACUUCUUCAGCCCGGGAAGGCAGAGUUUGCGAAAGAUUCCAGCCUAUGUGGAAGUGGCUCGCGUAGAAAUCCAGUUGAAGACAUCCCGCGAGGUUUUCUUGUGCCCGCGCCGAGUGCCUCUGGCAAUCCUGGCUGUGCCCCGGGCCGGCUCUACCUCUGUUGCCAACUGGGCGGGACUCUUGGACGGCCUUGA